AUGGCAGACAAGCGCAGCUUUCGUCGGAUCUGUGUGUAUGGCGGCAGCAGCGCGCAGGUGGAUAGAGAGUAUCUGCAGAGCGCUGCUGACCUGGGAACAGCCUUGGCACGGCAUGGUAUUGGGGUGGUCUUCGGUGGUGGUAAAGCAGGCAUGAUGGGAGCCUUAGCAGAUGCAGCAUUGGCGCAGGGUGCUGAAGUUAUCGGUGUCAUUCCAAGGAAUCUGGUGGAAAAGGAAGUGGCACACACUGGUUGCACUUGUUUGAGAGUCGUGGAGUCCAUGCAUCAGAGGAAAGCCCUGAUGGCCGAGCUUGCAGAUGCGUUCAUCGCGCUUCCGGGAGGAUGGGGAACUCUGGAGGAGUUUAGCGAAGUUGUCACAUGGACACAGCUGAACAUUCACCUGAAGCCAGUCGGUUUGCUGAACAAGUGGGGCUUCUGGGACCACUUGCUGAGAUGGGCGGAGCAUGCGUGUGAAGCAGGAUUCCUGUCGAUGAAAUCGAAGAAGAUGGUCUCGGUGUCAGACGAUCCUGAUGCUUUGGUUCGCGCAAUGCAAGUUGCUGAACUACCUGAUGCGGCGGAGAAGUUGGGGAAACUCCAACAGCGAGUCGACACCGGGGUGCGUGCAUCGUUCCGCAUCGGGAUGUUUUUCAGCGCGCUGAGCUUAAGUGUGACAGUGCCCAUAUUUAUGAUCGGACUCGUGGCCAUUUGGAGAACUCAAAUGGCAGCCGCCGCAGCUCCCCUGCGAGCCACUUCCGAUGGUGAGUGGGCAGGCUGCAUGCCUGUGAUCGCCGUCGGCAAGAUGAAGCUUAGGAUUGGAGAGGCCCGCAGCGGGUCGCCCGUGCUCUUCGACCAGGGCGUCUAUUCGGCCGUCAGCCAGGAUACGGGAGAGGAGGUCGCUGUGAAAGAGAUGCGCUGUGGACAAGGAGCCGGAAUACUACCGGAUGCGAGCGUUCAAAGGGCAAUGUUCGAGGUGAAGGCUCGGGUGGACACACAUCUUCAAGCCGUCUUCGCUCUCAGUACGGCUUAUCACGAGCGCGAGCUACUUGUGGAGGAUGCCAGGGUUCCCAGUUCGCCUUCGCAGUCACGGUACUGUACUUCGUUCCUGCAUGCGGCAGCUGCCGCCAGGGACAGCCAAGCAGAGCUCAUCAUCCAAGAGCUGCUGCGGCAACUUGCGCCGACUUUCCGCGAAUUGAACGGAACCUUCUUGUCGCCUGCUCCGAAGCUCGACCUGGACCUGGCAAGGCGAGAUGCGAAGAUAUGCGAAGAUGCGAGACUGCUCCACUCUGCCUCUGAGGCCGGCGUGGCACCCUCUGAGGCCUCGGCUUUGGAGGCCCUCUACUUCUUCACAUUCCCCCAAGUCAGCGAAGCUUUGCACCCUGAGUUCACCUUGCUGGACUUUGGCUCCAGCGUCGACUUCGGUGCCUGGAGCAGUGGCUCUGGCGCGGAGGGCUCCUGGAACUUCGAGAACCCGACCGGAGAUGCGAGGUACUGGGGCCCAGCCUCGUGGGUUCGAUUCCUUCGCGGAGCGCAGGCCCUGGACGGGAGCCUGGAAAUGCAGUACUCCAGGCACUUGGACGGCUUUGCGUUGGCCAUCUGUGCUUUGGAGACCCUUGCCAAGCUGCACACCGAGCGCUUUCCCAUGGAGGUUAGGCAUGACGGCGACGUCGCCUUUGGCAGGGAAAUGCAGGUGGCUUUCUUGGAUAGCAUCCAGCAGUUCCACAAUGCCUGGUCAAGAUACUGGAGAUUCGCAGUAGCCUCGUUCGAGAGUUUGGCCGAGUAUUCGCAGCUUGUCUGCCUCGGAGAGCAGCAAAAGGCGACCCAGGCCUGGAAGGACCCCGCAGGCUGCAAGUUUGUAGCCGGUGUUCCAGAGUUUCUUUCCGGACUUGGCCGCCUUGGCCAUGCGUUGGCUCGAGCUUCCUGGUCUCACGCCGCGCCGCCGCGACGGCGAGGGAAGCUGGCGGUCAUGCGCAAGGACGCAUUGAGGCCCCGGCUUUGGGGGCUCGGUUGCGCAGCCAUCCUGACCUUCAGCCUUGUCCAGGAGACAGCCUUCACUUCAAGCAGACUGCCUAGACAUGUUCUGCCUGCGGCCAGCCACAUGGAGGCCGGUGGUCGAGACCGAGUGGUGAGAUAUGCAGAGGCCUUCGAUCCUUUCGGAUGGAAGGGAGCUCUCAAAGACACCGUGGAGGGCCUCAUGGACAGCCUGGGCACGGAUGAAGAGCCCAGCAGGGAAGAGGAGCAGAUGGUCGUAGAGAGCCGUUGUGCUGUGCAUGUGGGCACUGAGCCAGCUUCUGUUGCCGCUUGGCUCGAAGCAGCAGUGGACAAGGUCAGGGGGGCCGUCCCACCGAGUCCGCUUAAAAAUCGUCUACUCCCCAGUUUGCAUAACCCUAUAAACCUACAAAAAGAAUCUGUUUCUCCAUUCUCAGAAGCGCGUGCUGCGUCCGAGGCAGCGCUCUGCACUGAGGCCUCUUCAAAGCGUUCACUUCUCCUCACUUCUCCGCCUAAGCAGACAUGGCGGGCGUACCUCAGUUUGCAUCCUUGUAUGUGGGUGACCUGCACCCUGAUGUCACUGAGGCGAUGCUUUACGAGAUCUUCAACUCCGUUGGGCCCGUGGUCUCUUGGUUAUGGUUAUGUCAACUUCCACAGUGUUUCUGAUGCUGAACGUGCCCUGGACACGCUGAACUAUUCAAGCAUCAAGGGCCGCGCAUGCCGCAUCAUGUGGUCCCAGCGUGACCCCAGCCUCCGCAAAAGUGGCCUUGGCAAUGUUUUUGUCCGAAACUUGGACAGGAACAUCGACAACAAGGCUUUGUACGAUACCUUCAGCCUCUUCGGCAACAUCCUCUCCUGCAAGGUUUGCACCGGGCCAGAUGGUAAGUCCCGCGGAUACGGUUUUGUGCAUUACGAGACCGAAGAGGCGGCCAAACAGGCCAUUGAGCGCGUCGACGGCAUGCAAAUCGGGGAAAAGACGGUUGGAGUGUCUGGCUUCGUGAAGCGCCAAGAUCGUGAGAAGCCAGCAAUGAACACCUUCACCAAUAUUUACAUCAAAAACUUCCCUGACGACUGGGACGAGGACAAGCUCAAGGCGGAGUUCGCACCCCACGGAACUAUCACUUCCUCUCAUGUGACGACCGAUAACAAGGGCCGUAAGUCUGCCUUCCUCAACUACGAGAGCCACGACCAAGCUAUUCAGGCUAUCAGUGCUAUGCACCAGAAGGAUUGCCGCACUGAUGAGCAGAAGGAAGCAGACAAGGAAAAGGAAGAGGAAGAGAAGGAUCGCACAGAAAAGAGCUACUUGCUCUACGUUGCCCGCGCACAGUCCAAGUACGAGCGCCAGAUGGAGCUCAAGGAGAAGAUGCCGCCAAAGGAUCCGGCGGCCGGACAGUCACGUUCGCAGGGUGUCAACCUGUACAUUAAAAACUUGGAUGAGGCCACAGAUGACGACUCCUUAAAGGCUCUUUUCGAACCCUUUGGCAACAUCACGUCGGUGGUUGCUAUGAAGGAGGGUAAUGGCAAGUGCAAGGGCUUCGGCUUCGUGUGCUUCUCCUCUCCGGACGAAGCCACCAAAGCUGUUACCGAGAUGCACCUCAAGGUCGUGAAGGGAAAGCCUUUGUACGUGGGCCUGGCAGAGAAGCGUGACGUCCGAGCCGAGCGCCUGCGUCAGCGCUACUCCCCUGGCGGCAUGGGAGGAAAAGGCAUGGGAGGAAAAGGAAAGGGUGGAAAGGGCGGCAUGGGCAUGGGCGGCAUGGGUAUGGGUGGCAACCAGAUGUACGGCAACCCGAUGGGUGGCAUGGGUGGCCCCAUGGGAGGUCCGCCAAUGAUGGGCAUGGGUGGCAUGGGCAAAGGCAACAUGAUGGGCCAGGGCGGACCGAAUCCUGGAAUGAUGGGCCAGAAGGGCAAGGGCAUGCCCAACAUGCCAAUGAACCCGCAGAUGAUGGGAAUGGGUGCGAUGGGCAAGGGCAUGCCUGGUGCAAUGGGAAUGCCCGGAGCCAUGGGCAAAGGAGGCAUGCCGAUGCCAAUGGGACCCAUGGGCCCAAUGGGCCCCAUGGGAAUGAUGCGACCUGCCAUGCCUCAAAUGCCGAUGAUGCGCCCAGGCAUGCCUACCCCAAUGCCGCAGCCGACGCAGCCGACACCCGCCGCCAACCCAGGAUCUGGGCAGCAACUGACAGCUGCAGCCCUUGCCGCUGCUGCACCGCCAGUGCAGAAGCAGCUGAUUGGCGAGCGUCUGUUCCCGGCGAUCUCCAAGUACCAGCCAGAGCUGGCAGGUAAAAUCACAGGCAUGAUGCUCGAGAUGGACAACUCUGAACUGUUGAUCUUGUUGGACAGCGAGCCCCAGCUCAAAGCCAAGGUGGACGAAGCAAUGCGUGUGCUCGAGCAAGCCAAGUAA